UCCAUUUCGCCCAGUGAAACUGACUUGGAUACAUUUCAGCCACGUUACAUUUGUAUCCCUGCCUUUCCCCCCCGCCCCUCCACCCCUUGUUACUCUACUUGGGGAGAAGAGGUGUCUAAGGAGGGAAGGGGAGCAUCCCUGUCCAAGCCUGGGAGGCUCUCGGCAUGGCUCGCAAAGCGGCUGUGAGCGCCCCCAGCCCCGGGCUGGACCGCCGGAGGGUCGGGGAGAGGCUGGAAGCCAGUCUGGCCGGCUUGCAGGAGCUCCGGCUGCUCCGGGAGAAGCAACGGGAGACGGUUCAGAGGGUCCUGGGGGCGCAGGAAGAGGAAGAGGAGGAGGAGGACGAGGCCACCGGGGACCGUGGAAAGAGUAGCCCAGGGGGGUUUCAUCAGCCGGCGAGAGCAACAGGUAACAGCCAGCAGCUAUUCUCGCUGGGAACCGAUGAGACAGGGGGACGCCAGCAGAGGGAUCUUGACCACCACGUGGCCGAUCUUCGCCUGGGCAGCAGCGAGGCCCAACUCCCCCUGGGGCUGCGGUGCGCCGAGCCCGAGCCCCUCUCCCACGCGGCCGCCGACCCCUCUCGCCCAGGGGCGGCAGGUGGGCCGGGGGAGCCCUUGCGUGGGGUCUCCGGCGGCAUCGCGAGGGCCCCUGGACCGCCACGGGGGGUCCGGUGUGCUCCCACGGAGCCGCCCGGGGGCUCGGGGGAGCUGAAGAGGUCGGCGUCGGGGACACAGCUCGCCGAAGGCCCUCUGGACAAUCCCGACUCCGACUCCAGGCCCAGCUCAGGUUUUUACGAUGUCAGUGACAGCACUUCAUGCUCCCUCUCGAACUCCUGCACGUCCGUGUACAGCGAGUGCCCCUCUGGCUCGAGAUGGAGCAUGCAGUCCCUCUCCCAGCUGCCCCGGCCGAACUGCCACUGGAACAGACCCCGCUCCACGGAUGACUCCGCCGUCCGGUUGAUGGACCUGCGCUCACAGAGGCUCCUGCUGUGCGGCCAGGGAAUCCAAGCUGACGAGGACUGCGGGCCAAGCGGGGCCGACAGGAGGUCAAAGGUCGCGCAGCGGCCAGUCUCGACCGGUGACCUGAACUUGCUCCGCCGUUGCCUGAGUGUUGACCCCAGGGGAGGGCCCCUGUCCUGUUACCGUGGUGACUGGGGCCCCCGGGGAGCCCCCGAUGCCAAGUACCAGUGCGACCUGGUCUCCCGGAACGGCACCGAGGUGUACCACUACCCGAGCCCGCUGCACGCCGUGGCCCUGCAGAGCCCCCUCUUCACCGCGCCCUCGCCCCGCGGGUGCCCGUCGCAGGAGGACGACCUGGGGGGCGCCACCUGGGCGUCCAAGGUAGCCGGGCCGUCCCCGGCGCCCGCGACCCUGCUGCCCGCCAGCAGGGGGAGGCUGGACAAGUACAUCUCGGGCCUGGUCCUCCGCUUCCGCUGCCGGCCGGCCCCUGGCAAGUCCGAGCUGGCCUCCCACGCCAAGAGCCUGUCCAUGUCCUCCGUCUACAGCCAGAGCUCGUCGACCUUGGGGGGUGGGGCGGCGCCGCUGGUCAGCCCCGCCGGCGGCUGGAAGCUGCGCCGGAGGAUCUCGACCUGCUGCCAGGCGGCCGACAGGGCCCGCUCGCCGGAGGGGGCCCAGAGCCACCACAGCAACAGCAACAGCAGCAGCAGCGAGGCCUCGUCGCCCUCCUCGGAGACGUGCCGGCUGUCGGAGCCCCUGGGCCUGGGCCCCUCCUGCCCUCCCGAGGCCCCGCUCUACCUGGGGAAGCACCUGCACCGCGAGCUGGUCAAGUGCCCGCCGGCAGAUGAGGGAGGCCCGAGGCCUGGAGCCGGCGGGAGGAAAUCGGGCAGCCGCUCCCGCUCCGAGAUGAACCUCAACUUGGCCGGCUGCCAGAGGCCCGAGGCUUCGCCGCCGUGCGGCCUUGAGUGCCGGCCCAGCCCGGCCAAGAGGCGGCAGAGGAAGUGGACGUCGGUGCUGGAGAUCCCGGGCCCCGCCUCCUCGGCCGGCAGCCGGUGCAGGCCGAGGAAGCCCGGCUUCCUGGGCCAGGCCCAGGCUUUCCUCAGCCGGCGCCACCGGGCCUUCUCCGCCGACUCGCCCCCCUCCGGGGCGCUGGAGGCGAGCCGCGAGGACCUCUGGGCCUGCCGUUGCCGCGGAGACGCCGGCCCGUGCCAGGCCCGGGACUGGGCCCGGGGGGCCGAGACCCUGCCCCGGCCCGCCGCCGCCGCCGCCGCCGCCGCCGCCGCCGACACCAGGUUCCACCGCUCCAAGUCCUUCAAGGAGCUGAGGAAGAAGGUCCAGCUGUCCAUUCGGCCUUGGUCCCUCAAGGUGAACAACUCCUCCAAAUGACCUUGGAGAGAGGGGGUGGGGAGGGCAGUAGAGCUGCCCAUGGUUGU